AUGCUACUGGCAUCUGUUUCAUAUGCCUCGCCUACAAGUUCCCCAAAGCUUCCAGUAGUUGAUCUUGGCUAUGAACGUCACGAAGCCAUAUCAUACAACUCCUCAACAGAAGUCUACCAAUUCUCGAACAUUCGUUAUGCCCAGCCUCCUGUCGGAGACUUGCGUUUUAGGGCUCCUCGACCUCCACUGACGAACCGUAACGAGAUCCAAAAUGGCUCACAGCCGAGAACCUGCCCCCAAGGAGUUGCUGGAUGGCAAGCCAGAGCAUUCGGGCCAAUUGGUGCCUUUACCAACGGGAAGCCAUUUACCCUCGAAGCCUGGGAACAGGCGAUUCAGAACUCUUCUAUCCCUCCAAUCGAUUUCAACAAGGCUAGUUCAGAAGAUUGCCUCUUUCUCGAUGUCCACGUCCCUAAGAAGAUCUUCAAGAGCAAAUGUGGUGCUCCCAUUCAUGGUGGAGGAUACGCAUUUGGUUCUAAAAACGGCUCUCCAACCCAAGGCUUUGUCCCUUCUGGACUUCUCGAGCAUGCUAAAGAAUUCAGUGACGAGGGCAUGAUAUUUGUUGCUCUUAACUAUCGACUUGGCGCUCUGGGCUUCCUUUCUGGGCAAGAGGUUGAGCAAGAUGGAGACCUGAAUGCAGGUCUACUCGACCAGCGUCUUGCUUUACAAUGGGUACAAGGUAACAUCCAUCUCUUUGGUGGCUCAAGGGACAAAGUCACUGUCAUGGGUGAAUCCGCUGGCGGAGGCUCUGUCCUUCUUCACAUGACAGGCCCCUCCAACAGCACAAACAUCAAAGCCCCGUUCGCACAAGCCAUUGUCCAGUCUCCAGCUCUGGUUUCAAAUCUUCAAGUUCCAGAAUCUGGAUAUGCCGAUUUCCUUUCUCAGCUAAACGUCUCAUCCUUGGCAGAUGCGCUACGAGAUUCUAAGACGGCACCCGACAGCCUCUACCGAUCAUUCAAAAAUGGCGCUUUUGAUAAGUCUGUCCGGUUGCUGGCUGCCCAUAACAGCUUCGAGGGAAGUUUCUUCUUUAACCCGAAGGUAAAGACCGAGGAGCAGCUUGAUUCCUGGAUUCAGAACUCGCUUCCUGGUUACACCAAAAAAGACCGAGACCACCUGAUCAAAGAUCUCUAUCCUUUCGACCCCAGCCUGGGAGAUGUUGCCCAAGGCUCUAGCCAAAGGGCCAUUUGGGGCGACGCUAUCUUUGACUGCACGUUCCUUACCGCCCAUGAAGCUUUUGGAGGAAACAGCUACGCAUACUUGUUUGAUGUUUCGCCAGGAUUCCACACUCAAGACUUGAAGUAUACCUUCAACGACCCUGCCACUCCGGCUUUUCGACCGAUUGCGCAAGACAUUUUGCAGCGAGCUAUUGCUAGCUUUACGAUAAACGGAGAGCCAGUCACUAAAUCGAACGGGACCUAUGAGGCCUUUCCAACUUGGGGGAGUGAGAAAUCACUGAUCAGGAUCGAGGGGGAUAGCCUCUCGGUUAGAACAAGUGUAGUCAACGAGACUCGUUGCGCGUGGUGGCAGUCUGGCUACGAGUCUGUGAGGGUCGGACAAACUCAUGUCUGA